AUGUUUCAAGCGCUGAAAAUAUGCCGCGAAGGUAACGACCAGGCCUUCGCACUUUUCAUUGAUGAUGACGCAGAGGGCUAUCAUAUCGUCAUAGCAAAGGGGUCUAGCGGUCCAAACAUCGCAGAUCCUACGGCCAACAAACUUGAGCUGUAUACCCUGCCCUUUGAUAAAGUCAAACAAUCCUGGAAUGCAGGCUGGAAUCCAGAAAGUCACAUCCCGACUCAUUUGCCCAGAGGCUCAUACAGGUACAACCCAGCCAUGUAUGAAAUACCGAUGGUUGGAGGAGAGCCAAUCGUCAACCCGGACAACAUUGCCGGGAGUCUGGCCACGGAUGUCGUCUUCGUCUUGGAAGCGAUGACUCCGACCGAGCUCCGCAAGAUUCAAUCGGAGAUGUUCACGGUUACUGAUCAGAAUUGGAUGUGGGUUGACGUAUCAGAUCGACUAGUGUCACCGGAUAUGCAGGGGUUGCUCAAUUACUUUGAAUCCGGAGCGUUUGGUAGACACCCUCCGCCAAACAAUUUUCUUGCAGUUGAUCGCCGGACUCUUCGUGAUGCGAUGGAGCCGAUUGAUGAUCGGGAUGAUUUUGAGUCUAUUAUCGUCGCUUCUUAUGAAGCAGGUGAUGUCUGGUUUCACGAUGAUAUGCUAAAUACUUAUGGCCACAUAUCGACUGGAUAUGGUUAUGAAAGAGGAGAUUUGGAUGAGGCGGAGCUAACUUAUAUCAAUCUUUUCAUCGCGAAUUCAAGCUGGAGUGAAAUGUGUGCUGGUAGCCCGAUCAUUUACUGGAGUGCAUAUCGGGCGUGGGCUGAGGAGCAUGCGGAGGGUGAUAAUGCGUUUAGGAGGUUUUCUGGUGAGACAUUUGCUAGAUCUUUUGGUCCUGAUGGAAUGAAAGUCUAUCAGGAAUGUUAG